AACGAGAGGUCUGAAAUUGCCAGCCUCACAUUCUUUCUUUUCUGAUAUACACACACAUAUGUACAAACAACAAAAGGGCUAAAUGCUCUUAGGCUAUGGGUUGGAGAUUGUAUUACCUUAUCCUAUCCCCAACAACAACAAAUAAAAAUAAAACCCCCUCUUAUUUCUUCUAUAGCUCUCUAUUUUCUUAUAUCCUCUUAGAUAAUAUACUCACAAGAACUACUACAAAGCAAAUGAAAAGAAAAUACUCUUAGUCUUAUUAUUAUAUAUAUUCUUUCCCCUUAUCUUUCUUUGUUUCAUUUUCAUUCUUCUUAUCUUAGCUUCUUUCAAGGCUCUCUUCUACUUCCAAGACUUAGCAACAUUUUCAUGAUACAUAUGAAUAUGAAUUUUAAGUCUUAAUUCUCAUGUAAAUAUAUGGGAAUUUGAAAUACUUUAUUGCCAAGAAAAAGUAGAAGAAUUUGAAGUUCUUUAUUGCCAACAUAUUGUUGAAGUUUGAAGAAAAGAAUAAAAAAUGGCUCCUAAAGCUGGAAAAGCUAAGCCACACAAAGCUAAGGGAGAGAAGAAGAAGAAAGAAGAGAAAGUUCUACCAAACGUUAUAGAGAUAACGGUGGAAACACCUGAAGACUCACAAGUGAUGCUCAAGGGGAUAUCAACGGACAAGAUUUUAGAUGUGAGAAAGCUAUUAGCCGUCAAUGUGGAGACAUGUCACAUGACCAAUUACUCCUUGUCACAUGAGGUGAGAGGAACAAGGCUAAAAGAUACAGUGGAGAUUGUGUUGCUGAAACCGUGCCAUCUCAGCCUAGUCGAAGAGGAGUAUACAGAAGAACAAUCAGUAGCUCACAUUAGGCGAUUACUGGACAUAGUUGCAUGCACCACAUCUUUCAACAGUUCAUUUUCAUCUUCACCUAAACCAACCGGUCGAACCGGUACUGAACCCGGUUCAGAUAAUGCACAACCGGAAAAUACAAAAUCAGGCAAACCGAAAAAAUCCGGUUCGCCGAAAAAACCGGCGAAGACAGAUGUCGCCGCCGUGUGCGGCGGCGCAGACGGCGGAGAUGCGGCGGAGAAAGGUGAUCCGGCGAUGAUGUGUCCACCGCCACGGUUGGGACAGUUUUAUGAGUUCUUCUCUUUUGGACAUCUCACUCCUCCAAUCCAAUAUAUUAGGAGAUCAAGUCGACCAUUCCUUGAGGAUAAAACAGAAGAUGAUUUUUUCCAAAUUGAUGUUCGGAUUUGCAGUGGCAAGCCAACAACAAUUGUUGCUUCUAGGACAGGUUUCUAUCCUGCUGGAAAACGCAGUCUUUUGAGUCACUCUUUGGUUGGAUUGUUGAAACAAUUAAGUCGAGUUUUUGACGCUGCGUACAAGGCUCUCAUGAAAGGAUUCACUGAGCAUAAUAAGUUUGGGAAUCUUCCUUAUGGUUUUCGAGCGAACACAUGGGUUGUCCCUCCUUUUGUUGCUGACAAUCCAGCUACUUUUCCUCCACUUCCCAUGGAAGAUGAGAAUUGGGGAGGAAAUGGAGGUGGACAAGGAAGAGAUGGUAAGCAUGAUCGUAGGCCGUGGGCGAAGGAAUUCGCGAUCCUGGCAGCAAUGCCUUGUAAAACAGCGGAAGAAAGGCAAAUUAGAGAUAGGAAAGCGUUUCUAAUUCACAGUCUAUUCGUCGAUGUAUCAGUUAUCAAAGCAGUUGCUGCCAUAAAACAUCUAGUGGACAACAGCCAGGGUGGAACAAAUUCAUACGAGGAAAAGAUUGGAGAUCUUCUUAUCAGUGUGAAUAAAGACAUGUCAGAUGCGAGCAAGAAAUUGGACAACAAAAAUGACGGCAUUCAGGUGCUAGGCAUGUCCCUGGAGGAGCUUGCAAAGAGAAACUUACUGAAAGGCAUAACUGCAGAUGAGAGUGCAACUGUUCAUGACACUUCCACCUUGGGUGUAGUGGUGGUUAGACACUGUGGCUACACAGCUAUCGUAAAAGUUGCAGCCGAGGUGAACUGGGGGACAAAACCCAUUCCUCAGGAUAUUGAAAUAGAUGACCAGGCGGAGGGAGGUGCAAACGCGUUAAAUGUUAACAGCUUGAGAAUGCUAUUGCACAAGUCAUCAACACCUCAGACACCUAGCCAAGUACAUAAAUUCCACGGUACAGAUGUCGAAGACGUUCUGGCUGCUAAGUCCUUAGUAAGACAGGUGCUCGGUGAAAGCUUGCAGAAGUUGCAGGAAGAAGACAGUAAACAGCUGAAAUCUAUUAGAUGGGAGCUGGGUGCAUGUUGGGUGCAACAUUUGCAAAAUCAGGUGUCCGGGAAAGUUGAGUCUAAAAAAACUGAUGAAGCUAAAGUGGAGCCAGCAGUAAAGGGUCUUGGGAAGAACGGUGGCCUGCUAAAGGAUAUUAAGAAGAAAUCAGAUGAUAAGAGCAGCAAAGCCAGUUCAGGGAAUGAAGUUCCGUCAAGUGACAAGAAAGAACUAGAGAAACAAGACGAGGAAAUGGAGAUGCUUUGGAAAAAGGUUCUACCUGAAGCAGCAUAUCUGCGCCUAAAAGAAUCAGAAACUGGUCUUCACCUUAAGUCACCUGAUGAGUUGAUCAGUAUGGCACAUAAAUACUAUGCUGAUACUGCCCUUCCAAAACUGGUUGCUGAUUUUGGGUCACUGGAGCUUUCACCCGUCGAUGGAAGGACACUAACAGAUUUCAUGCACACCAGGGGUUUGCAAAUGUGCUCCUUGGGACGUGUGGUGGAACUUGCAGACAAACUUCCUCACGUUCAAUCUCUUUGUAUUCACGAGAUGGUUGUUAGAGCUUACAAACACAUACUGCAGGCUGUUGUGGCAGCAGUUGAUAAUAUUGUUAAUGUGGCUGCAUCAAUAGCUUCUUGUUUAAACGUAUUGCUCGGGACGCCCUCCGCAGAAAAUGGUGAUUCAGAUGAUGACUUGAAAUGGAAGUGGAUAGAAACUUUUCUUUCAAAGAGGUUUGGGUGGCAGUGGAAGGAUGAAAGUCGGGAGGAUCUUAGAAAAUUUGCCAUUCUUCGAGGUCUUUGCCAUAAGGUAGGACUUGAGCUUGUUCCAAAAGAUUAUGAUAUAGACUCUCCAUUUCCUUUCAAGAAGACGGAUAUCAUAAGUAUGGUCCCUGUAUACAAGCAUGUUGCAUGCUCAUCAGCGGAUGGACGUACACUGCUGGAAUCAUCCAAAACUUCCCUGGAUAAAGGCAAACUGGAGGAUGCUGUAAACUAUGGAACUAAGGCACUCUCAAAACUCGUGUCUGUCUGUGGUCCUUACCAUCGAAUGACAGCGGGUGCAUACAGUCUAUUAGCUGUGGUACUCUACCACACUGGUGAUUUUAAUCAGGCUACUAUUUAUCAACAAAAGGCUUUGGAUAUUAAUGAAAGAGAGCUUGGACUUGAUCACCCAGAUACAAUGAAGAGUUAUGGAGAUUUAGCAGUUUUCUACUACCGACUUCAACACACAGAGUUGGCAUUAAAGUAUGUCAAUCGUGCCCUCUAUCUUUUGCAUCUUACUUGUGGACCUUCUCAUCCAAAUACUGCUGCAACAUAUAUAAAUGUUGCAAUGAUGGAAGAAGGUCUCGGAAAUGUCCAUGUUGCACUUAGGUACCUUCACGAGGCUCUUAAGUGUAACCAGAGACUUCUUGGAGCUGACCACAUUCAAACUGCUGCCAGCUAUCAUGCUAUUGCAAUUGCGCUUUCUUUAAUGGAAGCAUAUUCCUUAAGCGUUCAGCAUGAACAAACUACACUUCAGAUACUGCAAGCUAAACUUGGACCUGAUGACUUGCGUACUCAGAAUUUUCUGCAGGAUGCUGCGGCAUGGCUUGAGUAUUUCGAGUCUAAAGCACUUGAGCAGCAAGAAGCUGCACGAAAUGGUACCCCCAAGCCCGACGCCUCUAUCUCAAGCAAAGGCCAUCUAAGUGUCUCGGACUUGUUGGAUUACAUAGCUCCAGAUGCUGAGAUGAAGGCUAGAGAAGCGCAAAAGAAGCAAGCUCGUGCAAAGGUUAAAGGCAAGGCAGGGCAAAAUGGGGGAAUAGCUUCCGAUGAAUUUGAGAAGGAUGAACUUCUUUCUCCAACUAGUCCUGUUGUGGAGAACUCUAGUGAUAAAGAGAACAAGUCCGAAUUAGACAACAAAUCAGAAUUGAAGAUUGCCGAAGCCACACCUAAGCAAUCUGCUCACGUUUUGGUAGAACAGACACUAUUGGAGAAAAAUGACGACGUGAUACAAGAGGAUACCUCGGAGGAAGGAUGGCAAGAGGCUUUACCCAAAGGCCGUUCAACAAUGGGGCGUAAUAAGCUUUCUAGUUCUAGGAAACCUAACCUUGCUAAACUUAACACCAACUUCCCGAAUGCUUCCCAUUUACCAAGAGCUCGAGGUAAAACGAAUAAUUUUUCAUCUCCAAGAUUGACUCCAAUUAAUGAAUCUACUGCAUCGUCUGGGCUGUCUCCUGCUUCAAAGAAGUUUGUGAAGACUGCUAGUUUUAGUCCCAAAUCGGGACCCGCAAGCCCUGCUCAAACGGAACAAGUUGUGAAAACUAAUUCAAUUGUCAGCUCAAUCAGCGUUCAGGCAGCUGGAAAACUAUUUUCUUACAAAGAAGUUGCUUUAGCUCCACCUGGUACCAUUGAGAAAGCAGUGGCAGAGCAAUUGCCAAAGGAUGGUAGUUCAGAACACAAGGAGACUGUGGCGACUGAUUCAACUCAGCCGACAACAGCGAGAACCGGUGAUGGAGAAAAGGUUCAGAAAGUCAGAGAAGAGAAGAAACAUAAUGAUUCUGGUGAAAAUAAUGACCCUCAACAAAGUGAAGAGAAAGGACUCGUAUCAGCCGAAUCUUCGGAGGGGACAAAGGCUGACGCUUCUGGGGAGAAAGAAGGAAAUGUUGUCACAAAUUCAGAAGUAAAGACUGCUUCCAAAAACAAAGGAGGAGACUCUGCAAAUAGCUCGGUUACGGGGAUCCAAAAUGAUGGUUCUUCCAGUGAUUCAAAUUCUACUUCCAAAGUCGAUGUGCCAGAAAGCAAAGCUGAUAAAAGCCUGGACACCUCUUCUGAUCUUGAACCUGCUGCUGAUUUAGUGACAGAGAAAAAUGAUGAUAAAGAUAAUGCCAGCAAUACUAGUUCUGUGACUACUGAAUCAGACCAGCAAGGUGAUUCUGAGACUGGAAAAGAAGCAACCAAGAAACUUUCGGCAGCCGCACCUCCAUUUAAUCCAUCACCUGUUCCAGUUUUCGGUACGAUCCCGGCACCAGUUUUCAAGGAGCAUGGAGGAAUAUUGCCCCCUCCUGUGAAUAUCCCUCCUAUGCUUCCUGUGAAUCCUGUUCGUAGAUCACCGCAUCAGUCAGCAACAGCACGAGUUCCGUAUGGUCCACGCCUCUCAGGUGGCUAUGGUAGGUCUGGAAAUCGAGUUCCACGAAACAAGCCUCCUGCUUUUAUCAAUGGUGAACCUAAUCCUAGAAUCAUGAACCCACAUGCUGCUGAGUUUGUCCCUGGCCAACCAUGGGUUCCAAAUGGCUUUCCGGUUGCUCCAAAUGGUUACAUGGCUUCACCAAAUGUUAUGCCUGUUUCGCCAAAUGGAUAUCCAACAUCACCAGAUGGUUCUCCAGUGACUGAAAAUGGACUUCCAGUAUCUCCGGUUGAGGCAGGAGAAUCCCCUUCAGCUGUAACUGUGGAAGGUGAUUCUGAAAAUUACGACACAGCGGUGGCAGAUGGGACUGAAGCUGAAAUUGUAGAGAUGGGAAGUAAGCAGAUCAUGCAGGGUCAGGAAGAAGAUGUGGAAAAAAAACUACAUUCUGACAUGCCUAAAGAUGAUGAGGGAUCACAAUGUGUGAAUGGAGAAAAGUCUGGAGAUACACCUGCACUAUCUGAUGAGACUACUGCUUCACAAGAAGCAUGCAGGACUGUCGUUCUUGAGGAGAAUGGAACCAAGCGUUGGGGAGAUUAUAGUGACGGUGAAAAUGAGGUUGCUGAGGUAGCAAGUUGAAUAGCUACUACAUUCGUGUUUAAAGAGGUGAACUUCUCUUCGUCAAUUGGUUUUGUGUGUCUUUACUUUACAGCUGACUGGAGAUCCCUUAAGGCCAGAAUCUGAAUUGCAGAGCUGUUUUCCUGCUUAGAUGUCCGAUGAUGAUCAAAACCAAGUAAUGCGCUGACUUCCUGGUACACUUUGACUUGGUUGAAGCAAACUCAUUGGAUUUUUUUUAUUAGCACAACCAUAGGUUGCUGCACGGAGAAAAACAAUUAUAUUGGAUCCUAAAGGAGCUGAGUCCAUCCAUGUAUGUGUUACAUUCCACUUUUCUCUUCAAUUUUGUGGGGCUCGAACAGAAAAUGCAAAAGAUAGCAACUCUUUCGAGUUUGUCAGGUGAUACAUUUGAGAUGAACAACGGCGCAUGGGAAGCAAAUCAUCUUCUGAAGUUUGAGUUCAAGAUUGAUUGUCUUCUUGUCACAUGCUUUUGCAAUAACCAGGUUUGGAUGCUGAUUACUGUCAUCUAAUAAGUGAUGCUCCAUAGUUUUGUGCAGAACUUUUUGUAUAGUAAAGACAGCUUCAUGGAUUUUGUAAUUUAUCUUACCAUCCUGUUUGAAUGCAACUCUUUGGCUUCUUGA